CUGGACCCACGCUGCUUGCCGGCUUGUGUGAAGCUGAUUGGGCCCCUGGACCAGGGCCCCUGGACCGAGGACCCUGGCCGCAGCCUCAGGAAGACAGCAGAUCUCGGCUGCCUGGGGAGGGAAGAAGGGCGGAGUCAGGGACCCGAGCGCUCCCUGUCCCUUGCUUGGAGCGGACGCCGGCAGUGCCACUGAAAAGUCUGUUGCACAGAGGUGACAAGAUCAGAUUUUGAGAAGCUGGAGAGAAGCCCUGAUAAUGAACUGAAGCCCUGGACAAAGACAGAACCUCUAGGGAGAGACUGAAAGGUUGUACUCCGUGGGAAGUACGCACUAGAUCACAGGCAUGUUGUGGAAGCUGCUGGUGAGAUCCCAGCCCUGCAGGCUGUAUUUUUUCAGAAAGAUGCAAUCAACUCCAAAUUGCAAAUCUUUUUUAGCAUACUUUACAACGGAUAGAAAGUCAAACAAAGAAAAUGAAAGAACAGUAGAAAAGCUCUGUAAAUUUUCAGUUGACGUUAGGAAAAUUCGUAAAUUAAAAGGAUGGGUACUUCUGGAGGAUGAAACCUAUGUUGAAGAAGUUGCAAAUAUUUUACAAGAACUAGGUGCAGAUGAGGCUGUAAUAGCCAGUAUUUUGGAACGCUGCCCAGAAGCAAUUGUCUGUAAUCCAGCUGCUGUUGACACCCAGAGAAAACUCUGGCAGUUGGUCUGCAAAAAUGAGGAAGAGUUAGUUAAGUUAAUAGAGCAGUUUCCAGAAUCUUUCUUUACUGUUAAGGACCAGGAGAACCUGAAACUGAAUGUUCAGUUCUUUCAAGAGCUGGGACUCAAGAAUGUAGUCAUUAGUAGAUUUCUGACAACUGCAUCCAGUAUUUUUCAUAAUCCUGUUGAGAAUAAUAAGGAAAUGAUAAGGCUCCUCCAAGAGAAUUACCUAAAUAUAGGUGGCUCUGAGGCCAACAUGAAAGUUUGGCUACUAAAAUUAUUAAGUCAAAAUCCAUUUAUUUUGCUAAAGUCUCCUACAACUAUAAAGGAAACACUAGAGUUUCUCCAGGAGCAAGGCUUUACAAAUUUUGAAAUACUUCAACUUCUGUCCAAACUCAAAGGAUUUAUUUUCCAACUAUGUCCAAGAGGUAUCCAAAACAGUAUUUCCUUCUCUAAAAAUGCUUUUGAAUGCACAGAGCAUGACCUGAAACAGUUAGUUCUGAAAUGUCCUGCUCUUCUCUAUUAUUCUGUUCCAGUUUUAGAGGAGAGAAUUCAGGGACUAUUGAAAGAAGGAAUUUCCAUAGCUCAGAUAAGAGAUACGCCAAUGGUUCUUGAAUUAACACCACAGAUAGUUCAGUACAGAAUAAGGAAACUAAAUUCCUUAGGCUACAAAAUAAAGGACGGACACCUAGCAAAUCUAAAUGGAACAAAAAAAGAGUUUGAAACUAACUUUGGAAAAAUUCAAGCCAAAAAAGAAAGGCCAUUAUUUAACCCUGUGGCACCAUUAAAUGUUGAAGAAUGACUUACCGACUGAUGUUACUUCUUCCUAACAAUAAAGAUGAAACAGACUCUCAUAACAAGACUUCAGCAAUUCAGGCAGUUUAUAGGCACCAGCAAUUUUAAGGACCUAGCUUCUGAGCUGUUUGUUACCUCUGAACAGAUGAUCUGUGACUCAUUUGCUGUAUUUUAAAAUACAACCUGGUUGUGGUGGCGCACGCCUGUUAUCCCAGUAACUCAGGAAGCUGAGGAAGGAGGACCCCAACUUCAAGGCCUACCACAGCAACUAAGGCCCUAAGCAACUUAGUGGGACCCUGUCUCAAAAAAUAAAAAUGGCUGGGGAUGUGGCUUAGUUGUAAAAGCCCUCUGGGUUCAAUCCCUAGUACCAAAAAGAAAACCCAAACAAAAAAUUCACUUUUUAAAAGUUGGUAAUUUGACAAACUAUUAUUCCAAAACCUCUUGUACUACUUACUAAAUGGCACAUCAGUGUGAAAUUUGUAAGUGAAUCAUGUCUAAAAAAUGAGACUCUCUUAAUUCAAAAUAUGGGAACAUUUAAUUGUAAGUAUGUUUUAUUAAAGAUGUAGAUCCAGUCUUCCUCACUACCAGCCCUGAAACCUUACUCUGCUCUGAACUGUAGCUUAGUGUUAGUGAAGCAUUAGCAAGCUUCUGACACAUUUUUUUGGAAAACAACUUGUGUUUGGGAUGAAUACUUUUGGGAAUCAAGUAUUACUAAUCCAAAAAUAGUACAGAGCCUACCUUUGUGGUCAUUUUGAAACAAAUCAACCAUUAUCUCUCUCAUGAAACACUUAAAUGCAUUACUUUCCUCAUUUACAGAUGAGGAAACUGAAGCUUAGAAAUGCUGUACUCAGCUGCCAAGUAACAGAACCCAGAUUUGUUCAGAUCUGGCUUCUGUCCAAACCUCAUGAAUAAAAAGGAUCUCAUUCUAAGUGUGACGGGGAACACGUGCAUAGUCUGUCCUGGCAUAAAUCAGUAACGCAGUCUCUUCCUUGCACACUGUCUGGUGCUCUCUUGAAAGUAUCUCAGUUUAGAAUGUUAUAGGAUGUACAUUUGCCUUGGUGAUUAGAUGUCCAUUUUGAGAUGCCUAUUAAACAUUCUAGCAGGGAUGUCAAAUGUGCAGAUGACUAAGUCUGGAGUUGUUGGAAGUCAGAACUGGAGGUACACAUUUGAGGACCAUCUGUAUACUAUGUAUUUAAAGCCAUGGGUCUAGAUGAGAUUGUCUGGAAUGUAGACUUGUAAUAGGACAGCUGGCUGAGCGUGGGAAAAGUUGAUCAGAGGAAGAAAAGAGGACACGGUCUGUAACACUCAGUGCCAAUGGGAGGUCAGCUAUGGUAGAGAUGACUAGCAGAUACACAAAGAGGAAAUUAUUGGUUAACCCUGUCAAGGGUUUUCGGCUGUAAUGAAGAAGGUGAGAAGUCCAACUGGAGUGAACUGAGAAGAGAAUGGGAGACCAGGAAAAGUCAAGAACUUAAGUUUUUCAAGAAAUUUUGCUGUGAAGGAAAAAUUUUAAAUGAAGUUUUAAGAUUAAUCUUUGUUUAAAGAACAUGUUUAUAUGCUGAAGAGUACAACCCAAGAGACACAAAAAAAGAGAAUAGAAAACUGCAAGGUUAAUAUCCCUGAGGAAGGGCAGGAGGAUCGACUGGUGGAGCAGGGACUCUAGUCCCAGUCCACAGAGCAUGGAAACAGAUGCAGGCAGACUGAUGGGAACAGGUGGAGUGCAAGGCAGGAGGGGCUGUCUGGUUGCCUCUUUACAAAGGACAGCAGAAUCAGGGAGGAAUCACGGGGACGGUUGGAAAUAAGAGAAAGACAUCUGAGGACAGUAAAGUGAACAUACAAUGAAAGGGGAGACAAAGAAUUGGGCAAAAUUUCAAUAGCCAUGUGUGCUUUAUGGCCAUUAAUUUAAAAAGAGAUUCAUCAAUAUGUAAGUUAAAAUCCUAAGUCCUCCAGUCCAGCCAGGCACAAGGAAUCAGAGACAGUUAGAAAAUACAACUAUAGCUUAUUCUAAUUUGAAGAUUACUGUUUUUAAAAAUUAGAUCCACACUCAUGGUCAGUCAAGCAAUUAUACUGAUUUUAUCUUCCCUUAGGCCAAAUUCCGUUCCAUUGUUCUUUGGCCUCUGAAAUAGUUUUGCUUUGUCUUUUUUUUUGCGGUGCUGGGGAUCGAACCCAGGGCCUUGUGCUUGCAAGGUUAGCACUCUACCGACUGAGCUAUCUCCCCAGCCCCUUUGCUUUGUCUUUUUUCCAUUCUUAACAUUCUCCUAUCUCCAUAUGAAAUAAAACUUUAAAAACUGAAAAUCUACAACAUAGUAGGGGGAACUAUUCUUACAUUGAACACUAGUCAUUUUCAUUUCUUCUUUGAGAAAAGGCUCUAAUAAUAAAAUUAAAUUGUCUUCAAUUUGUGUAUAAUUACAUUUAACUUAUUUCUACAGAAAAAAUAAAAUUUGUUGCCACAA